UACAACAGAUCGAUCCGCGGAGACGAGUCGCACACCGCCUCCGUCGCCGCCGUUUUUCGGUUAAUACGCGCGGCCGACCGCGAAACCACCGCCGCCGCGCACACGCGCCAAACAGACGCUAUUUACAACGAUUAUAUUAUUAUUAUUAUUAUUACCACCGUACGCGUUGCCGACGACGUCAUAAUAUUAUUGUAUUGUAUACGCGGCCCCCGCGAUUUUCGACUUUUACAAUUUCGCGACGGAUCCGAGCCUACAGGUCAUGGCCCUGGAGACGGAACGUUGCAGCCCAAACAACGCUUCGAGCCCCGGCCCAACGGACAACAACCGGCGGCCCGGUCUAGACGACUGCAGCGAUCAGACCAAAGAAAUGGUGUCGUCGUCGUCGUUGUCGUCUUCUUCGCCGACGUCGUCYACGUCACCGCAGCAGCCGCAGCCAGACGUCACGAUAUCCGCAUUCCGUCCGGUUCGUGACGGUACGGCCGCAGACGGUGAUGACGAUCUGACGCCGCCGAAGGCCCUGGCCGAGGAAUCGUCACUGUUGGCCUGCAGCAAGCCGCUAAGCAUAUGUUCACCACUUCAAAACAAGACUGCCAUGGCGGUCGAUCCACUGUGUAAUCGUCACACUUCGCCGCCGCCACUGCAGCAACCCGCGAGGAAAAAACUACUAUCAUCACACAUUCAGAAGGCGCAGCAAGUGACCACCGACGUACCACGAUGGGUCCAGCAGCAGCAACAGCAGCAACACGCCGCACACAACGGCGACCACGGAUCGUUACAGCCACCGUCCACCGCAGCGGCCGCAGCCGCUGUCGAGUACACGAUGGCCAUGGCUGCGGCCGCCGCUGCUGCUGCCGGUGGUGGUGGUGGUCACGUGCCACCCKUAUUUCCGUUCAAUUCUUGGAUGUACCGGUUCAACUUCCUGCCGAUCGUGCCAGCCGCUGCUGAAUAUUUUCGGGAAAUGCAACACCACAACCUUCACCACCAGGCAGACGGUGGAUCGCCCGAAACGAGCGACGACCGAUCACCAAUCGCGCUCCACUUACAGCCGCAGCACGCCGAAUUUGCUAGGCAACUGCAGUUGAACGGUACAGUUGCCACCUCACAUCACCACCAUAAUCCGGUGGUGACAUCACCACAAGUGGUGCAGUCUGCAGCACACCAGCCCUUGCAGCCGCCACCGCCGCCACCGCCGCCUCAACCUUCGCAGCAGCCACCGAUGAUGGCCACCGGUUACGUUUCCCGACCGGCCAGCACUUCUGGUUCGUCUGACGUGUCGUCGUCGUACGGCUGCGGUGGUGGUCUUCCGACGGCCGCCGGCACCGGAACCACGAAGAACUGCAGCAGUUACCGUUCGCCGUCACCCCGCUCGCCCAGCCCGUUCCGAUURGCGUUCUCCGUCGACAACAUACUUCGACCGGAAUUCGGCAAUAAACUCCAUCAUCAACUACAGCAACACCACGAUCACCUACAUCACCAUCACCACCAGCCUUUGCCGCAGYACAACCGCCACGGCAGACCGUUGUCCGCUUCACCGCCACCACCAACCGCCGCCAAACUGCACUUUAGCACAAUGCUGCAGAACAAGCCACACACGCAACAGUCUACACUGUCGCUGCACCGUCCCGCUCCGACCCGGCCCAAAGUAAYGGCUGUCGGUCCCAAACGGACCGCGCUCUCUAUCACGUCAGACAAGGCCAACAAGCGAAAGCCUGUCCAGCAGCCGUUGCCGGCAUGUUCGCCUGUCAUUAACAACAACAACAACAACAACAACAAUUGCUACGACAGUGACAACAGCAAGUCGGCAAUCGGUGUUCCGAAUAACCACCACAAACCAGACGACUCGGGGAACGAACAGGAAUCGGCGGGAUCGGACGCGACCGGAAGCGGUGACCAACAGUCCAACGACAAAGAAAUGUGGCCGGCGUGGGUGUACUGCACUCGGUACUCGGACAGACCGUCUUCAGGACCCCGUUCGCGGAGGAUGAAGCGGAAGGACAAGUGCCCGGAGGAGAAGCGUCCCAGGACCGCGUUCAGCGGCGAGCAGCUGUCCCGGCUGAAGAAGGAGUUCAACGAGAACCGGUACCUGACGGAGCGCAGACGACAGGAACUGGCCAACGAGCUCGGCCUGAACGAAGCCCAGAUAAAGAUAUGGUUCCAGAACAAGCGGGCCAAGAUCAAGAAGUCUAGCGGCUCCAAGAACCCGCUGGCCUUGCAGCUGAUGGCACAGGGGCUGUACAACCACACCACGGUCGCCAUGUCGGACGAAGAGAUGGACGACCACAUGACGGUUGCGUCCACGUAAUGUCAGUCGGGUUCCAUUAUCGUCGCCGAUUUUCGAUUACCCGUCCCGUCGGCUGUACACUGCAAAUUCAGUUGUUUCCCGUUGAAAUCGUUUCUCUCUCAAACAUCUUUUCACGCGGGUUAACCAGAGCUCCCUCUGUCGGUACUGCGCAAGCUGUAUACAAAUACGACCAACAUAAUCGUCCUCCAUCUACUCUUCCUCAUUCCUUACCAUCAACCCGCCAACAGGUGGACUCUGCGAUAAGUGUAUCGCACUAUCUGGUUUUUCUUCCGUUUCUUCCACUUCCGACCUAGUGUCUCUUUCGUUUCAUCUUCCGAUAAUCUCACGUCUCCUCUCCCGCGACCAACCUCUGCGCAUGUAUUUUUUUUUUAUUACUUACGUGCGAUAUCAUAUUAUAGGUAUAAUAAAUAUAUAGUUGACGAGUUUUUUUUAAUCUUGUUAAGACUUUGUUUUUCGUUUCUAUAUGCACAUACAAUGUAUAGUUAGAUAACGUGUUAAAAUUAUAUUAGAUUUUAAUAAAAUGUACGACUCCGUUUCGUAGUACGAGUGUAAAUAAUACAUAAUAUUAUAUAGAUUAUAGGUAUACCUCUUAAAUAGCAGUCUUACCGUAGGUCUUUAUUAUUAGUGCAAAUUUGUACGAACGACACAGAUCUAUCUACUGUUAUACAUCAGCUGUAACGUUGCUAUUAUAGUUGUAUCGUCGUCGCGUCAAUGUACUCGCUACAUUUUUUUUUCUCUGUACGUUGAACAAUUAUUGUGUUUCGUUUGCUGUGUUACCUUAAGCGCACGUUUGUGCAUUACGUGUGUACGCAAAAACAUAGAUUCUAUGCUGCMSGCGUUUUCGAUCGCUAAAAGCAUAAAAUUCCAUUCCAUUUUCUACAUUAGUCUCAAAAUACUGUAGACACAGCCGAAUAUGUUGUCGGGCAAUGACCAUGAUUCGAUAGAGAGUGUUAUGGCGUAUUUUGAUCAAAUACCUAUCACUCCUUUUUGCCACUUUCUUCGAGAAUAUAUAUUAUAUAAAAAAAAAAGAAAUCAUUCAUUUUUGUAAAUACAUAUCGUUGAUAACUUAAUAGAUACUUGAUUACACGAUAAUCGUGGAGCAACGAUAAUUAGUAUCGGUAAUUUUAAAUUUAAAAAAAAAACAACAUUUAAUUUAUUUUUUAUGCAAUCCAAAAUUUCCAUCCCCUUAAACGAAGAACCACCGAGGGUCUAUCCGUGACACCACUAUCGAAUAUUUAUGUAUACGGACAAUGUGGAUAUCAGUUUAUGGAUCCAAUCGUUAUUAUAAUUUCAUUAUAGACACGAUUAAAUUGUGCAGUCAUAAUUAUUGUGGCAUAUUUACGAACUUGCGCUUGCCAGUAAAUGUAUUCGUUUAUUUGUUCAAACGAACAAAUAAAUUCCUAUUACCCGUUUGACGAAAAAACAUUGUUGUCCUAAACUAGAGUCAGUUCAAAGUGUGCACAUCGCGUAGAAUAGACAUUGUACUCRAUGUAGGAAUAGGAUCAAUGAGUUCGAAACGAUGAACUGAUUAUUGAACUGAUUGUAUACGGCGCGAAAGUAGACGGUGUAAAUUAUGUUUAGUAUUAAAAUAUAUGUGUUUCACGAUCAUAGGUGUAAUAGAUAUAGGAUAUACGUCUUAAGCCGGCGCGUCUUGUAAUACGGUUCUAUAUAGCAUGUAAAACAUUUUAGAAAUAACGUAGACUGAAAUAUUUAGAUUUUUUUUAAGAAUUUUAUGAUUAAAUAUU